CAUCAUAUGCUCUAUUUUUCUUACACUUAAUAUUUAGAACAUCAUGCGAUAAAACAUUUAGUUUUUAUUCUUUCACAUACAAUUUGUGUCACUGAAAAGUUCUGAAUUACAAUGUCAGAGUUUACGAUUGUUCUGGCGACUGUUUUUACUGUUUUUAUCACAGUAUUAUUCUUACAACGGCUUCUUCAAAAUAGAGGAAAGAGGUAUCCAAACGGGCCAUUUGGAUUUCCAAUUGUUGGUCACCUACCGUUGUUUGGAAAUAAUCCACCGAAAACGUUUAUGAAGUGGUGGAAGAUCUAUGGCGAUGUGUUUUCUAUUAGACUCGGAAGUUGGAAUACUGUUGUAGUUAAUGGUUAUAAUGCAGUAAAAUCAGCUGCCGAACAUCCGGACGACGCCUUUAGUGGCAGGCCAAAUUUUGUUUCCACGGACAUCUUAAAAGAACGCAUCAAAGAAGAUACGUUUGCUUUCGGUAAUUUUUCUCCAGUGUAUCUAAAACAAAGAAAGUUGGCAUCUAAGGCUUUACGUUUAUUUACGUCAAAGCGAUCGGAGAUAAUAGAAGAAUUAGUUACGAGCGAGGCUAAGGAUUUUGCAGAUAUUUUGGUAAAAAAGUACAAUAGACAUUCCGGUCAAAUAGAACUGGACGUUCAAACGUUAGUUACAAGAAUAAUAUAUCAGUUUCUUUAUGGACGUAAUAAAACUGUUGAUGUUGAUAGACACGUAAAAGCUUUAAUAAAAGCGUUGGAAGAGUUUAAUGACCUUACUGGAAGUGGAAGUCCUCUGGACGUGUUGCCAUGGCUUCGGUAUGUUAUACCAUGGAAGGUUGACGAGCUGCGAAAAAGUUUUGCACGAACGGAUGAAAUUAUGACAGAACAAGUACAGGAACACUACGAGACGUUUGCUCCAGGAAACAUUAGAGAUGUAGCGGAUGCAAUUAUUGCUAGUGACGCUGAUGAUGAAGAAAAUAAAGAUAGAUAUGUGUUAACAAGAGCUAGACUGAAUCUUACACUUGCUGAUUUACAAGGAGCUGGCGUUGAUACAACAAAUAAGACAUUGUCGUGGAUGUUUCUCUACAUGGCGAAGUUUCCCCAAGUUCAAGAACGGGUGUAUACAGAGAUAAAUGAUAAAGUUGGAACCGCCAGGAGCGUAAUGCUGAAAGAUAAACCAGACCUGGUCUACACAAAUGCUGUUAUUCUAGAAGUCAUGCGAAUUGUUACACAAAUUCCGUUUUCACUCCCUCAUUAUGCAAUGAAAAAUGCAAAGUUACAAGGCUAUGAUGUCGAUAAGGACACUGUGGUUAUUUUCAAUCUCUUUUCCGUUCAUCACGAAAAAGAAUUCUGGAAAGAUCCUGAAAGUUUUCGUCCAGAACGGUUUUUAUCUGACGGGAAAAGUCUAGAUGAAGAAAAAUGCAACCAUAUGUUCGCCUUUAGUCAUGGAAGGCGUCGCUGUGUAGGAGAAUUUCUCGCCAAGAUGAAUUUAUUUCUGUCGUUUUCCAUUGUGAUGCAGAAAUGUAAAAUUAUUAAACCUGUUGAUGAAAAACUAGAUUUAACCCCCAUUCCUGGACUUGUGUAUUCGUCCAAACCCUACAAACUGCUUGUGCAGGAAAGAAACUAACUUUUUGUCAGAU